AUGGCGAGAAGGAAAAGGAGGAACCUCACAAAUGUCCAACACUCAAGAAACGUGAUUGGUAGCGAGCGGUGUGAACAGCCGAUGACCCAGCCAUGCUUCGCGACCUAUCGCAUUGUAGACGGGAUUCUGGUGGAGGACCAACAGUCCCAGCGACAGAAUGUCGAUAACAUGCAAGAACUGGUUUCUGCUGAGGACGGUCAACUGGAGCAGUUGAGUCAGCCUUUCUCCGACCGUCUUUCAAACUUUGAGCCAGUUCUCCCAUCAUAUUAUACGAACUAUCUUGUUGGUGACGGGCGUCCAUUGGAGGAAGACCAGCAACCCCAGCAAUCAAGCAUUGAGGAAACACAAGAAGACAUCCCCUCCAAGAGCAGUGGUCAACUGGGGAAAUCUCGUCGCUCACUCUCAAGGCCUGUUUCAAAGUAUGCGGACCAGCAGACCGGGGAACCGAGUCUUAAAGAGUGUGAUUUUUUAACCCGGCGCCUCAAAUUCAAAUGUCUUGUGACGGAGUGCGAGCAUAUAUGUAAGACUUACUCCAGUUAUCGCUACCACCUCAAGUCCAAACACCCCAAAGAGGGGGAUGAUUCGUUGUUUUGCCCGGAAGAGGGGUGUUCGUAUUCAAAGGAGAAGGGGAAAAGGAUGUCAUCGGCUUUGGCGCUCCGUCGGCAUAUCGCUGCGUUCCACGCCUAG